CCCCGCCCCGACUGGAGCUCGGCGCCCGCAUAAAAACCCUCCGCAGGCGCCUCCACGUUGCAUCUCAGGAGCAGCUUCGGAGGGAGUCGGGGGAUUGCAGCGCGAUUAGACAUGGGCACGGCACUUGCUACGCGGCUCGGCUUGGGGCUCUUGCUCCUGGCGCUGCUUUUACCCACUCAGGUGAGCGUCGGCAGCGAUCUUGGCGUGGCAUCGUCAUCAUGACCCCAUACUCUAAUCUAAAGGGGCGAGGGAUCCUGUUUUUCCUUCUGUUUUUCCUCCGCGCCCCAAUCCCUAUUCUAGGUUACUGUUGGGUUCUCGACCCGACCCUCCCCCCACGCUUUGCGUUUUCCAUUAAUUCCUCUUGGCUGUGCACGUGUGAAAGGGAUGGAUGAAGUCUCAUCCCGAAGACUAGCUCGCCCCCGGACAAAGUCGCCUUGGGGAUCCCGGACCCGGUCCCGUCCGAGUUUAGAGCAAUCCACUGCCUUCUCCUAUAAUACGCGCAUAAUUGUGGCGUCCCCAAGCCAGGGCGGAUUCUACAGUGUUGGCUUCCCACAAAAGAUCCUAAAGUUGUGCGAUGUUUCAGGGCGCUGCGGUCGAGCCCUAAAUAUUCACGCUUUUCUCCCUGUCCUUUCCAGAUCUCGAUUUUUUGGGGAGGCUUGUUGUCUCUCGAGACAGACGGAUGCCAACAAUGUUAACUCUGCCAUUGCCUACCACCUGUUCUUUUGCCAACUAGGGUGGAUUGACUUGACUCGUUUUCUUUUGAAAUCCGUGUUAAAUGGCACUUUUCUCUUUUAUCUCUGCCACCUAGAGUGGCUGGGGCAACCAAGUCAGAUUGGCGGAGUACAAAUAAUAAAAGUAUUAUUAUUAUUACCUCCUAUUCUUCUGGAUAUGAGAUCCUGUUAGGAGGCUUGGGGCACUAGGCUUGCAAUAUUCUGCCACACCUCAAGCAAAAUACAAAUGGGUGCCACCCAUAUCAGUGAGGGUUCAAAACACCCUCCCUUGGGUAGCUUUCAAGGUAAAUCCUCAGUGCUACAUUGUUGAGCUGUUUAAUGUAGAAUCUGCACUGUGUAGACAAUGGGGGAAGGUGGGACAUCUUGUUGGAAUAUGAACCUCAUUUAGAUUAUCCAAGGAUGGAUAUAGAAAGAUCUUAAAUUGUGGCAAGUUAAGAAAAUGGGUCUUUUGCAUGAUGGUUUUCCACAGGAGGAGGCAACCAUAAUUCCCAGAUUUCUUGUUUUAUGUAAGUUUUUAGAAUCUGGGAUAUUAGGCAGACUGUACAAAUAUGACUCUUAUUGUUUCGUAUGCGAGAUGCUAGCCUGCUGACCUUUUCAGUGUUUUACUCUUCCCCUCCCUGGGAAAAUUCCUCCAGACACCCAGUAUUGAUUUCUCUCCUCUUCAUUUACCUAGCUUCUGUCUGCUUUUCUUCAGUUAGGUACAUACAAGUGGCUGUUUAAAAUACUCUCAGUGUAAUCCUAGGCACGUCUACUCAUAAGUAAGUGUUACUAUGUUCAGUGCAAUCUCCCCUUAGUAAGUGUGUUAGGUUGCAGAUCCAUUAGUAUCCCUAUUUGCAAUUUAGUAAUCUGCCUCUAGCCACUGCUUUGGAACCAUAAAGGCACCUUUCUUCUGUCUUUGUUUAGUAAUCAAAUACCUAAGAUAUAAUAGAGCCUAGGGAUGUAAAUGGAGACUUUUUUAAAAAAAGAAGAUGUCAAAUAUGCCACAGCUAGAAUAAAAGAAAGCUGUGUACACACUAUACAUUUAAAGCACAGCUCUUCCCCCACACCCCCUCUCCCGCCAGUGCUGGGAACUGUAGUUAUUAAAGGUGCUGAGAAUUGUAGCUUUGUGAAAGACAAACUACAGUCCCAGAAUUGGUGGGUAGGGAUUGUGCUUUAAAUAUAUGGUGUGUACUCAGCCUGUGUUUCAGGGCAGGCUGUUUCUGUAAUAAAGGAUAGCGGCACACAGUUUUACCACUUAAGGAAUUUGGAAUGUUUGUUGGCUUUCAGUGUUAGUUUCGUUCCACAUUCUGCUCCAGAGUUUUGCUGGAGGUGAAACAGUUGGCUGCUGGCUAUAAAAUGACAAAAGCUGCAGUGAGUUAGUACUUCAUGCGGCCAGCUACAGAAAGAAGGAUGAGUCACCCUUUUCCCUAGCUCCGUCAUUUGCCCCAAACAAACAAAAAAUUGAAGGGAUAGAACAGAGCUUGAAGCAACUUUGGCCAGGAGAGAUGAGUUAGCUGGUAUAAGGCAGCAAAGAUAGUAGGCAAGGCUUGACUGCCAUCCAAGAAACAACUUUUGGAACUGUAUUUGAGAAGCUUUAAAAGAUCCGUUGUGAGACUAGAUCUGCUUUUUGAAGCUGCUUUUAGAAAGCAAACAAAAUUUGCAGGUAGGUGUGCUGCUAUGUUAGGAAAACACUAGGAACCAGCAGCAGCAGCAUCCAAAUACUGAGCAUCUCAACUCUUUGAGGUUUCUCCCAUAAAAUAACUCCUGAAAGCAAUGUUUGAUAUGAAGGUGUGCAGCAGAAUGCUGGUCUCCUAAGUACAGUACUCUCCACUUAUGCCACAUAGACUGUCUGCCAGCAUAGACCCUCUGGAGAUGAAAGUCAAAUGCUAACAGAUGCCAUGCGUUCUUGUUGCAUUCUAAUGAUAAAAUUCUAUACAGUAAGCAACAUAUAAGUUAACAUUGCUACAGAUCUCUGCUGCAAGCUGCUUAAAGCACAUUGAAUUUUAAAGACGAAACAGCCUGACUGUAGGACUGCAGCCUUGGUUUCCCCCCUCAUAGAAUUGUAGAGUUGGAAGGGAUCCCAAGGGUCAUCUGGUCCAACCCCCUGCAAUGCAGGAAUCUCUGCUAAAGCAUCCAUGCUAGUUUGUGUUACACAGACUCCAUUGCAGCCAUACAGCAAGUCCACCUUGCUAUCUCUUUUGAAACUUUGUGAUCUACAUGCUUGCUUGGAUGUGAGCUUCACUGGUGGAGCUUGCUUGAAAGUAACUGAUAUCCAAAACAGAUUGGCAGAGUUACAUUGACUUGAACUUGUAUUAGUAAGUGUGGUUUAAGAGGCACAUUUCAAAUGGUAAUGCCUACAACAGCAAUCUGUUACUGCUUAUUAUAGUGGAAAACCUCCUGUAUCUUGCAAUCCAAAGCUAUUCAAUACAUCUUCCCAGCUUUCAGACAUACAAAACACUCCUCUUGUAACUGCUGGAGACUGACACUUUGAUUCUGGAAUAGCUCUCCAGUAUAAAUAGUGCCACACUGAAACCCUUCACACAAAAAUAACCAGUUAGGCAGUGCAAAAUACUACAUGAAAGACUUGGAACUUGACUAGAAAGACAGUUAUUUCUGUGUGUUCCUUCUGUCUCUUUGUGACUUGAAAGCUAGAGACAGAAAGAAGAUGGCUGUUCAGAGAUAGGAUAGUAGUCGUGUGUGUAUUCAUCUCACUUGAACUAUUGGCAAAACUAGUCUUUAUGAUUUUGCUAGAUCCUUUUUUUUAAAGCUGUGUGACAAACAGUGACCAAAACAAAAGAAACCUGUGUGUGCCACAGAAAGUAAAGUGAUUUUCAAGCCCUUAAAAUUGCUUAGUAUUGUCCCUAGUCUUAAAAGCUGACUCCUCAUUCAGUCAGCCUUGCUUCUAGUUGCAUGGUACCUUGUUAGUCCGCUUUAGGCUCUAAUUUAUUCAUUAAAAUAAAUAAAUCUGUAUUACCAUUUGCACAAAAUGUCCAAGGAAGCUAACAUCAGGACUUGCUUCUGAGCAGGCAAACAAUUAUAUUAGAGAUGGAUCUUCUUGGACAGGCGUUGUCGCUCUUCUCAUCGCACCCAUUUAAAGGUAGUAGCUUUCCUGAACUGACAGGUGAAAAUACAUGCGGAUAUGCCCUUGAAGGCAAAAUGCAAGUUGGAAAAGGUAUUAAUUGUGGCUUUACAGUCUUUUCUUUCUUCAUAUUUAGACGAGUGGCGGUAAUGGAACAACUCCAUCGGCUGCAAACAAUAAUUCAAGUCCAACGUCCGCACCACUUAGCACACUGAACAAUACCACCACCAAGGGACAUGGAAGCUCUCUUCAAUCAACUACAGGCCUCUUCAUUCUCACAAUCUCUCUUCUAUACGUUUGUUAAGAAACCCUGGCUGGGAAACUUCCACCAUUCCCUACCCAGUGCCCUGAACCAUCUGAGAUGGCUAGACCUUCCUAUCCCAGCAUGAAAAAGAACCACAGAAUACCUGCAUCAAGUCAGUGCAGUUUAUUGCUACAGUUCAGUUACUGGUACCAAUUGGACUGAGAGUCUUAUAAGAGCACCUGAUGAUCCAAAGCCAUUUCCCCUGAAAAUCAAUCCUAUGACCAUUCAAGAUUUGGAAGGCAGUGGGGUGGGCUCCAGUCUUCAACAGCUGGAAUUGGAAAUACAAGACAAAGAAGUACAACUUGACUGGCCGUGGAUAAUGACUACCAUGAAACACAUAGGAGAGAGAUCAUGAAAAUAUGCAAAAUAAGGACUCUUUAAUUUGAAUGAAAAUGAAGCUUCGAAAACCACUAGAAAAUACAAAUGGCGCUGGUUCAGUUCACUCAGUUUCGUAUGUAAGGAUGUAUCCAGCAGACACAGAGUUCCAUCCAACAUUUUGCUUUGGAAUUUCCAGCUUCAGUUGGGCAGAUCUUAUUUUAAGCCUCAGUUAAUGUGUGGCUGUUCUAACUAAGCCUGUGUAGUUUUAAAAAUAUAUUGGAAAAUUACUUUUACUGUGGUAUUUCAGGUUUUUUCCCAUUUUACUAAAGCUAUAAGUGAACCAUAUGUGCCAGCAAAACAAGUUAUUUGGCAAAGCAGUGGCAAAAACCGCUUGAAUAAAACUGAACAAGGGAUCAAAUCUCCACUGCUAAACUUGAAAUGCUAUUUUUCAUUAUCAUAGUAGUCACCUUCUAAAAUAAAGCCUCUAGAGUCAUUUCCAGAUGUCCGUUUUGAUUUGGUGCAAUUUGUAUUUUACUCUAUUUUAUGCUUGAAAUGUAAUGGGGCAGAAGAAUGGAGAGUAGCUUUUUCAAACAAAAGUGGGAAGGGAUGAAGUCUUCAAUCAUCAAGAAUUUUAGAAAAUGUCUCAAUGAUUGAAACCAAAUAACACUUUUACAGACAAGUAAGUGUACUAGAUAACAAAUAAUUUGAACUAAAGCUGGCACUAAGAUGCAGGUUGAACUAAGUGCUUGGAUUUUCAGAAAUAUGGAGAGGCUUGUUGACAGUACUAUGUCCAUGUAGAGUCUUGUCCUGUUCCUGUGGAAUCAUAGCUUUUAAAGAGAACGCAUCCUUUGACUUGGACAGUUUACCCAAAAUCUAACAGUUUGCAUUGUUGAAUAACCAUGUGGUAAACUCCAUAAAAUACUAUGGUAGGGUAUAUGUGCACUUCUUCCUUUUUUGUAUCAAGUAUACUGUUUUGAUUUUGUGACUAUGUGAUUAUGCUUUAAAUUUAAUUGGGCAAAUUGUAAAUAAAAAAACCCCUGAUCUAAGAUUUGUGUAUUCUAUCAUUUCUUCAGCACUUUACCAUAACUAAGUUAGAGCAAACAGAUGCAGAAGAAGGAAGGCUUUUUGCAUUCCAGCAGAAAAUGUCGAUAGCUCUUUCUGGCCCUCUUGUAUGUUGGUGACAUCGCAUAUGGGAGAAGCUGCCCAUUUUCUUUAGGAUGUUUUGAAAGGUAUACUCAUGAAGGCCCUGCAGUAUGUAAUGUUGCAGCUGAUCAAUUAAAAGCCAGGCAAAUGGAAGAUGACUCAUUGGCCGGCUGAUAGAUUGCUAACGCUAGCAUUUUUCUGUUAGGGGCUUCUGUACCUCUGACCACUUACAUAAAUGGCUAGAAACUCCACAAAGGCUGCUUAGAUUCCUGAAUCCACCUCCCGGAAUUCCCCUUGCCCCUCUCAAGGAUUGUCAAUAGCACAGGAAUACUGUCAGGUUGUCUAUGUAGGUAGCUCCCCUACACAAUCAUAAAGAAAACUUGGUUGUAUGACACAUGACUUGCACUAAAUAAAUAAAUAGUCCAGUAGCGCCUUGGAGACCAACUAAGUUUGUUCUGGGUAUAAGAUUUUGUGUGCACGCACACUUCUUCAGACAUGACUUGCGGUAUUUCUGCACUCUUGCAUGCAGCCUUCUCAUCUCAGGGACAUGGUUCUGGAGAAGCACACUUAAUGCAUACAUUUUAGAUUCAAGCAGUUGCAUGGUAUACAUGCUGGUGAUACUUUAUAGCUUGCUCCUCCAGAGGAAGGAUGCUUUUUAAAAAAUAAAUCCUGAUUUAAGUUAGGGUGAUCAGAUGUAAAUGGUUAAGACCCCAGUGCUUUGACAAUGUAGCAAAUGCUGGGUUUCUUUUAGAGGCUGCUUGACUCCAUGCGACAGUCACCACACCUGGUGCCCAGAGCAUCUCUGGAGUCGUCUAAGUACAUGGAAGAAUAAGCACUUACUCAAAUAUCUGCAUGUGUAGCCCCUUCCCCUUAUAUAUUUCAGAAAUUGGGCAAAUGUCCUGGAAAACCAGCAACAGUUAAUUGUGCUGAAAGUGCCCAAAAAAGAUCCCAAACCCAAAAAUUCUUGUAGCUUUUACUAAAAAAAAGUCAACAAUUUGGGGGG